CGAUGUUACAUCUCACCCCAAUGUUGUAAUGUUUACCAACAUUCCGGCAUUCAAACAUUUGCUGCGCACGUGUUUUACAGCGUAAAAUGUUUAAGUUUACUUUUCAAAUAGAACCGGAUAAAGAAACACCAUCAGUCGCUUUAAAAGAUGAGGAAACAAAACCAUCUGCCGAAGCUGAUGAGAGCACCACCACCGUGGAAGUAACCACAGAUGUGUAUCCCUGCGAGGAGCUGACCUUCCAAUCCAGCGUUCAGGAAAGUCCUAUUAGUCCAGACGUAACGAGCACUUUCAGUCCGGCACCUGAUUAUUCGAUAGAUUAUCUGAACCAACUGGCUCUGUUGGAUGAAACGUUUGCCGACGAUAUAGUGACGGCAGAGUCCGACCAUUCCGAUCUGGUUCCGAAUCGGUACGAAGGUGGAUUGAAGGUUUGGGAAUGUACGUAUGAUUUGGGCGAAUAUCUAGCUGCAACUGAUGAGCGAAAGGCUGAACUUCAUGGGAAGAAAGUGUUGGAUCUUGGCUGCGGUGCGGGCAUCCUUGGCAUCGAAGCACUGCUGCUCGGUUCCAGUUGUGUACAUUUUCAAGAUUACAACAAAGAUGUGCUGACGAAGUUAACAAUGGUAAACUACGACCUAAACUGCCGGUUGAAUGAAACUGAUGCAGCAGCUCAAGAAAGCCCGACCGUCGAUGUCAAGUUCUUUUCGGGUGAUUGGGGAUGCUUUACGGACAAGUACAAACAUACAUAUGAUCUCAUACUUACCUCGGAGACGAUAUAUUCCACACAGAACUACACCAAACUGUUAACACUGUUCGAUCGGAAGCUGGUACCGGAUGGUGUCGUAUACAUAGCAGCAAAAACAUAUUACUUCGGCGUUGGUGGCGGUGUCCGGUUGUUUGAACAAGCGAUCGACAAGGAUGGUCGGUUUCGGCACGAAGUCGUAUGGAAGUGUGAUACGGGCGUAAAGCGUGAAAUUGUUCGCCUCACUCGGAAAUAGCAGUAGCAGCAAACAGGGCAAAGAAUGCUUCUAUUUUUGAAAGAUAUAUUUAAAAUAUAUG